AUGUCAAUGUUACCAAAUAAUGAAGCAUCUGGUGGUGAUGAACCUGCAGGCGUAGGACCACCAAUUGCAAAUCUAAAUAAGGAAUCAAAACAACUACUUAAACAAAUAUUACAAAUAUUCCAAAGUCCAAAUACACCUACACCAGAACAGCAGAGCCGAAUAUUACAAAUACUCCAAAGUAAUCCAUCUUUGACGGAUGAAUUUGUAAGACAAACUGGUAUUAAUUUAAAACCUGGUACACAAACACCACCAGCACAUGUAUUACAAGUUGUUAAACAAGUACAAGAAGAAGCAGCAAGACAACAAGCACCACAUGGUGGUUAUGGUAAAGUUGAUCCAUCAAACAUUGGACCAGUUGGUGUACAAGGUGAUGGUAGUGUUAAUACUGUUGGUGGUAUUAUGCAGCCAUCAACAAUGCAACGUUCAAUGCCUGUACCGAUGUUAAAUAAUCCACAAGGUAGACAUUUUAUACCAACGGAACAAUUGGGACCAAGAUAUCAACCAUAUGCUUUUAUGCAUCAAAAUCCUAAUCUUUGA